GCCGAACGGUGCACGCGCCUGGACGUGGAGAUCUACAACGCCGCCAUCAGCGCCUAUGGCAAGGCCCUUGCCUGGCAGAGGGCCCUGGGCCUGGUUGACCGCAUCCACGCCUCCAGCCUCACAGCAGACGCAGUGACCUAUCGCUCGGCGAUGUUCGUCUGUGGCCGUGCUGGGCGCUGGGAGGCGACUCUCCAGCUUCUCCACCAAGCCGAAAAAGGCGGCAAAGCCGCGGCCUCGGGAGCUUUUGCGGCGGCCAUGGAGGCCUGCGUCUCGGCCGGACGCUGGGAGGUGGCUUUGGUGCUGUCCGACACCAUGGAGCAGCGGCAGCUGCGCAGCAACGACGCGACACGAGCCGUCUUAGUGCGAGCCUGUGCCUUGGGUGGUUUCUGGCAGCAGGGGCUGUCUGUGCUUGCUGAAGUCGGGACGGAGGGGCGAGUUGCGGCCACCAAUGCCGCGAUUGUGGCGUGUGGCCGGGCGGGGCAGUGGAGCCAUUCGCUGGCGCUGCUUUCCGAGCUGCAGCAGGCGCGUUUCGUGGGCAUUGACACCUACACCGCCGUGCUCAGCGCCUGUGGAACCAGCAGCCAGUGGCAGGAGGCUGCUCUGGUCUUCGAAGAUCUGGAGCAAACAGGCCUGCCGCUAGACCUGGCCGCCCGCACGGCUGCGGCCGCGGCGUGCGAGACCUCGGAGUUUUGGGCUCGGGCCAUGGGGCUUCUGGAGGAGCUGCAGGGUGAGGACCUGCAGGCCGACGUGCUCGCCUACAACGUGGCCAUCCGCGCAGCAGCAGGUGGCGAUCUUUGGCAGGUGGCCCUCUCCUUGCUAGUGUCGGUGGAGAAAGACUUGCGCAGCAGCGUGAUCACCUACAAUUCGGCCAUGAGAUCCUGCGUGUCAAGCGGCCAGUGGCAAGUCGCUCUUCUACUCCUUGCCAGGUGCCUGAGCCGUGCGCUGCCGGCGGAUGCCGUGACUUAUGGCGUCGCCAUGAGCGCCUGCGAGAAGGGUGGGCAGUGGUCUCGCGCGCUCGGCCUGUUCUGGGACCUGGAGAAGGCAAGCCUGGCCGUGGAUGCCAAGACUUGCAGCACAGCCAUGGCUGCUUGCACGAAUGGUGGACAGUGGCAAAGCACCCUGGAACUUUUGGCUUCCAUGGAAGGGCAGUCUCUAAAGAAAGGCGUCGUUUCUUACACAGCUGCCAUCAACGCCUGUGGCAUGGCUGGGCUCUGGGAGGAGGCCCUCCAAUAUUUGCGAGAAAUGGGCUCCAGGAAGAUCUCCGGCAACUUGAUCUGCUACUCCGCCGCUGCCGCCGCCUGUGAGCAGCGAGGGCGCUGGCAGCAUGUCCUUAAGCUGCUUCAGGAGGUGAAUCUCCAGCGUUGGGAGCCUGAUGCUGCUCUCUACAACUUGGCCAUCAGCGCCUGCGAGCAGGGGUCCAAGUGGCAGUAUUCCCUACUUUUCUUUGGCGAGUUGGAGAAGCAUGCAAGCAGCGGCGCCAGCGUCAGCAGGAUGCCGCCAACGACAACCGCCUGUGUUGCGCUGCCGCGCGAGCGGCCAAGCUGA